AUGGGCUGGCUUCCCUGGUCUUCCGAUUCCUCCUCCAACGCCGCCUCCGACGGCGGCCGCAUAGCCCCCGAUCGAUCCUCCCGGCAACGGUGCUACGAAGGUCGCGACCUGUUCUUCUCAUGUCUGGAUAGGAACGAUAUCUUGGAUGCUGUGAAGAAUGACAAGGAAGCGCAGCGGAAAUGUGGAAAGGAACUUGCACAGUUUGAGACUGCUUGCUCGAGAGCUUGGGUUAAAUACUUCAAGGAAAAGCGCGUCAUGGAAUACAAUCGGGACAAGACAAUCGAGCGUAUCAAGAAGGAAGACGCAGCUAAGGUUGAGGAUCUGAAAUCACAGGGUUGGACUGCGCGGUAG